GCGCUGAGCUGCCACCGCAGCCAGAGCGGGAGCCCGAGCCGCGCGGCGCGGCGCUGAGCUGGGGCUGAGCGGGGCCGGCCGAGCGGGGCCGGGCGGGAGCCAUGGGCCGCUAGGGCCGGGCCGAGCCCCGCGAUGCCGCCGCCGAGUGGCCCCAGCGUCCUCGCGCGGCUGCUGCCGCUCCUGGGGCUGCUGCUCGGCGGCGCCUCCCGGGCUCCCGGCAAGUCGCCGCCGGAGCCCCCCAGCCCGCAGGAGAUCCUGAUCAAGGUGCAGGUGUAUGUGAGCGGGGAGCUGGUGCCCCUGGCCCGGGCCUCAGUGGAUGUGUUUGGAAACCGGAUGCUGCUGGCGGCCGGCACCACGGACUCAGAGGGCGUGGCCACACUGCCCCUCAGCUACCGCCUGGGCACCUGGGUGCUGGUUACUGCUGCCCGCCCUGGCUUCCUCACCAACUCUGUGCCCUGGCGUGUUGACAAGCUGCCCUUGUAUGCGUCAGUCAGCCUCUACCUGCUCCCUGAGCGGCCGGCCACCCUCAUCCUCUAUGAGGACCUGGUGCACAUCCUGCUGGGCUCUCCUGGUGCCCGCUCCCAGCCCUGGGUGCAGUUCCAGCGCCGGGCUGCCCGCCUGCCCGUUACUUCUACCUACAGCCAGCUCUGGGCUUCACUCACACCUGCCAGCACCCAGCAGGAAAUGCGGGCUUUCCCUGCCUUCCUGGGCACGGAGGCCUCCAGCUCAGGCAACGGCUCCUGGCUGGAGCUGAUGCCCGUGGCCGCUGUGAGCGUGCACCUGCUGGCAGGUAACGGGACAGAAGUGCCGCUCUCAGGCCCCAUUCACCUAUCCCUGCCAGUGCCCUCGGAACCUCGUGCCCUCGCUGUGGGCACCAGCAUUCCAGCCUGGAGGUUCGACCCCAAGAGUGGGCUGUGGGUACGCAACGGCACAGGUGUGAUCCGAAAGGAAGGCCGGCAGCUCUACUGGACCUUCGUCUCCCCUCAGCUGGGGUACUGGGCAGCCGCCAUGGCCUCCCCCACGGCUGGAGGGACAGCCACCCCUGGGAAUGCUAAGCCCUCGCCUGGCAUAGGGCUGGUCACCAUCACGUCGGGCAUCCAGGACAUCGGCACCUACCACACUAUCUUCCUGCUCACCAUCCUGGCAGCCCUGGCCCUGCUCGUACUCAUUCUGCUGUGUCUGCUUGUCUACUACUGUCGGAGGCGCUGCCUGAAGCCGAGGCAACAGCAUCGCAAGCUGCAGCUCUCCGGCCCCUCUGACGGUAACAAACGAGACCAGGCCACCUCGAUGUCCCAACUCCACCUCAUCUGUGGGGGAUCCCUGGAGCCCGCGCCGUCGGGAGACCCCGAGGCUCCACCUCCAGGGCCCCUCCACUCCGCCUUCUCCAGCUCACGGGACUUGACCGGCUCCCGGGACGACUUCUUCCGUGCCAAGCCGCGCUCCGCCAGUCGCCCGGCCGCCGAGCCUACGGGUGCCCGCGGGGGCGAGGGCGCCGGGCUCAAGGGCGCCCGCUCCGUCGACGGUCCCGCCGGGCUGGAGCCAGGCCUGGAGGAGUACCGGCGGGGGCCCCCGGGGACCCCGGCCUUUCUGCAGGAGCCGCCCUCGCCGCCGCCGCCCUUCGAGCACUACCUGGGCCACAAGGGGGCGGCCGAGAGCAAGACCCCCGACUUCCUGCUGUCGCAGUCGGUGGACCAGCUGGCGCGGCCGCCGUCGCUCAGCCAGGCUGGGCAGCUCAUCUUCUGUGGCUCCAUCGACCACCUUAAGGACAGCGUCUACCGCAACGUCAUGCCCACCCUGGUGAUCCCCGCGCACUACGUGCGCCUAGGCAGCGAGGCGGGCGCAACGGGGGCAGGCGAGGAGUCGGCCCCGCCCGAGGGCGCGGCCCCCGGCCCCGCACGUCCUUUUCCCCAGCCCGACCCCCAGCGCCCUCUGAUGCCGGGCCACUCGGGCGCGGGGGGCGAGGGCGGCGGGGGUGGUGGCGGCGAGGGCUGGGGGAGUGGGCGCUCGGCGCCGGUCAGCGGCUCGGUCACCAUCCCGGUGCUGUUCAACGAGUCGACGAUGGCGCAGCUCAACGGAGAGCUGCAGGCCCUGACCGAGAAGAAGCUGCUGGAACUGGGCGUGAAGCCUCACCCGCGCGCCUGGUUCGUGUCCCUCGACGGGCGCUCCAACUCGCAAGUGCGCCACUCGUACAUCGACCUGCAGGCGGGCGGCGGCGGACGCAGCACGGACGCCAGCCUGGACUCGGGCGUCGACGUGCACGAGGCGCGGCCGGCGCGCCGGCGGCCCCUGCGGGAGGAGCGGGAGCGCGCCCCGGCCGCAGCCCCGCCGCCGCCCCCGCCGCCCCCGCCGGCGCCCCCGCGCCUGGCGCUCAGCGAGGACACGGAGCCGAGCAGCAGCGAGAGCCGCACGGGCCUCUGCUCCCCGGAGGACAACUCGCUGACGCCGCUGCUGGACGAGGUGGCUGCGCCCGAGGGCCGGGCGGCCACGGUACCCCGGGGGAGGGGCCGCAGCCGCGGGGACAGUUCUCGCAGCAGCGCCAGCGAAUUGCGGCGCGAUUCGCUCACCAGCCCGGAGGACGAGCUGGGGGCGGAGGUGGGCGACGAAGCGGGCGACAAGAAGAGCCCGUGGCAGCGGCGGGAGGAGCGGCCGCUCAUGGUGUUCAACGUCAAGUAGCGCCCGGCCUGGCACCGCCUCUGGGCCGGCCCCCGCCCCCUCCGCCCGGGCCCGCCCCCAGGGUGCGCGCUCCGGGGGGCCGCGGGGGCCCUCGCCCUUAGCCCCCAGCCCGGCUGGAAAGGGGCCCGGGGCCCUGCGGAGCUGUCCGGUGGUAUGUGCUGGGUAAUGUUUUGGGAGGGACCCGUGUCUGCCUCCGAGAGGGAGGUGAGGGAGGGGGGACCAGACCCCCGAUGGGAGGUACUGGGGAGGAGGGCUGGGUGGGGGGAAGCAGUGCCUGUAUAAACGUGGCUGUACAUAGAAAGCUCUAUCGUGGGAAAGCAGGAGGGGCAACGAGGCCUCAGCUGCUAGCCUGAGGGCCGGGAAGGGAGGGGGCGUUCUAGCGGACCCCUGGGAGGGGAGGGGGUGCUGCUUGCUGACUGGCCCACCUCUGGGCUGCGAUGUCACAGGACUGGAGGCUGGGGCGGCUCCGGGGACUAGGGAGUAAUGUGAUGGGAUCACUGUGGGCAACAGCAAAUAUAAAACGUGAGAUGAA